AUGUCGUCCAAUUCUGAAUCAGAUUCUGAUUCGGGUACAAGGAAUGGCGAGAGCGAUAUUGACUUUGCUCAAGAAGAUCUGGAAGAAGUAUUUAACAACGAUAUGGAGCCGCUAGCUACAGAAGACGAAGCCAGGGUUUAUGCAGAACAGGUCACACUCGAGGAACAGCAACAACAAGAGUUGAUGCGGCGCUUUAGCGGCGAGGUUUCACUAGAUUCUUGGUAAGUAAGUUGGUCAAUAACGAGAUUAUAUUAUAAUACUUUACACAAUAGCAAUAAAAUAACUUUAGGAACCCAUUCUAAUCUAAAUAUGUAUUAAACAUAAAUGCAAUCUUAUACUGUAAUGCCAUAUUUUAUAUACAUGCAGCAAGGACAAUUUGCUGCAACUUGCAAAGCAAUUUCGAAGAUAGAGCUAUGCUAUCUCAAAAGUAGCCGCAUGGAAAGGGUAUCACUUUCUUUAUAUAACAUAAUAUACUAAAACUGUCUGUACUAGUGUAGGUAGUACCAAUGUGAAAAUGCUGUGCUGAGUGGUUAUAUUAAUUACUAUCUUAAAUUAAAAAACAAGUAGAAACUCAACGUUUCGAGCGAAGGCCCUUCGUCAAGAGUUAGUAGCAGGACGGAGGGCCUUCACUUGAAGCGUUGAGUUUCUGCUUGUUUAUAUAACAUACUCUUGAGAAAUGAAAAAUAAAAGAAAUAUUUGCAGUGAUAGUAAACUGUGUGUCAGAAAUUGUUGCAAGUUGCAGCAAAAAGUGCCUCGUGUCAUGCACUUGUCACUGGAAAUCCCCACCCUGGGGAAGCAUGGGGAUUAGACAAAAUGGAAAAAAUCAAACAAAAUGCCCCACUCUAUGGGGGGGGGGGGCAAAUAUUUAUUCUAAUCCCCUACUAAAGGUCUUAUUAAACCUGCCGACAAAGAGUUUAAAAUACAUUGCUAUUGGCUUUUUUCAAAUGGAAUGUUGCUGAAUUACAAAACUGUAAAUAAUCAAUGAGAAGAAAAAAAUUGGAAAAACGCACUUUCAAAUCCUUCACCCCAAAUGAUCAGACGCUUGAGCCCAGUCUCCCUCAUUUUUGGAUGUUGACAAAACUGAUCUAAUCUCCCACCCCCUGGGGCACAAAUGAAAAUCUAAACCCAAAUUUGAUCCCUCACCCAUGUCCCAUGUUUUCCCAGGGUGGUGGGAGUUUCCAGUGACAAGUGCAUAUUAAAGAAAUAUUUUCAUUUACUGCAGUAUAUACUUGACUGAAAUGUUAAAUUGUUCAAUUUGCCAACAUUUGCUAAAACUUUCAACUACAUGACCACACCUCUUUGUGUCUUGUAGGUGCAAGUGUUCUUUUUGCUCCCUGAACCAUGUCGUGAACAUGGAAGAAUGCCGUUGCUGUACUGAAAUGGAAGAAUUCAUGCAAAAAGUAAGCAGCUAUUCCCCAGACAAUUCAGAACAGGGUAAUUGUGUUACAGAACACUCUGGUUUUGACGAAGUGUGUUUAAAGCAAUGGGUACUUGAGGUUGCGGGAAUUAGUUUGAAAAAUAAAAAUUGA